GAGCAAUUAUUAACGUUACGACUCUCAAAAGUUAUCCUCAUUGUUUCGACAACUUCAUAUUGUGUGGUACAAAUUUACAAAGUCUCUUCUUUCUCUGUUCGAAGUCAAUAAAUCAAAGUUUUGUGUGAAAAAACCUUUUAAAUAUAAAUUAUAAUAUCAGUUGGAAAGGCUAACAGAAAUAAUAAGAAACGCACUGCUUCGGUUAAACAAAAAUUUGAAAGUGUCAUAAACAAGAUAUAGUGAUACAAUAUAUGAAAUGGCUGCAGAAUAUAAUGUUUGUCGAAAUAAUGAACGUUCUCAAAAUCCAGUAAAUCAAUCAAUCGAACAAGAAGUAGAUCUGGACAGAAAAAGUCAUUCUUAUGAUAUCUUGGAGAGCGAAUUAUAUAAAUGGUUCCGACAGUGCAAAGAAUCCGGAAAUAUGGUUGGAUAUCAGCAAUUUCGGACUAAAGGAUUCAAACUUAUGAAAAAGUAUGAUGCACCAAAAACAUUUGAGGCCAAACAGGCGUGGCUGCGUCGUUGUAUGAAACGUUUGGAAAAACUGGAAGAAUCUGCACGCGAAAGUGAUCACAUUAAAUCAUCUGCUAAACAAUUUUCAAUUCAAGAACUCACUCAUCAAUUGGGGCAGGGGAACAUUAAAAGAGAUAAUGUUUAUAUUAUGUUCACAAAACGAUUCACAUGGCAUAGAUUUCUUACACCGAAAGACCAGAAGAAAAUUAACAUACUAAAAUUAAAAGGCUGCCUAAAUGUUACAUUUUGUACAAAUAUUACAGGUGACCAUAAAUUACCACCAUUUUAUUUUUAUGACUGUAUUUUGAAAAAAACCCCUAAAGAUUUUAAAAAAAUUCCUAAUUUAUGUACAUCAAAAGAUAAAAUACAAAAAAUUCUCACAGAUUGGUACAAUAAUCAUUUUGUGACAUUUGUGAAAAAAUGUCAACAGAAAACAAAUGUAAGCGACAAAGUGCUUUUAAUCGUUAAUUCUUUCGAGAUGCUUCUUAAAGUUCAUGCAAAAGAUAUCACGCAAAAUGACAAUUUCGAGAUACGGUUUAUUAUAGAAAACACGUUGCUUUCUGUAGUAAAAUAUAUUAAUAAAAUAAUAAGAACAGAAUGUAGAAAAGUAUUUCAAGAUUUUUGCACAUCUUACGAUAUGAACAUUUAUAUUACAACGAUUGAUAAGGCAUGGGAUAACAUUCGGUCUGAAACUGUCGAAACAUUAUGGAAAAACUUAUCAGAUUCUUGUACAAAAAAAAUUAUUAAUGUAACUGAGGAAGAUACCACUCUCAAGGAAAUAUCAGCUCAAGUAGAAGAACCGAAAAAUAAAAGUGUUGAAGAAUACAGAGAAGAAGUUACCCCUCCAGAUGAUAUAAUAGAAGAUCUCAAUUCUCAUUCAGAAGAUGAAGAAAAAGAACAUCAAGAACAACAGGAUAAUGAUAAAAAUAAUGAAGAACUUACAGAUAAUUUCACAAAAUAUUCGAACUCUGCCCAAAAAAUCGAUGGAACAGACGAAUGUCAACAACUGGAAAGCACAGGAUCCGCACAUAACAUUAUAAGCGUGGAAGAAAAUAAGCAAGCCAACUAAUGAAGAUGACACCACGAUUGAUAGUACGAUAGAAUUAACUUUACACGAAAAGAUUUUUAACGCGUUUCUCUAAAUAUUUGUUUGAUAAAAUGUAGCUUUUGAUGAGUAUUUUUAACACAAUA